GUGAGGUGACCUAACAGACUGCAUCGCCUGAAGACCUAAUGCUAAGCUAUUAAUUAAUCAUUUCUGCUUCUUAUAAUUCGGCCGCAUUGGCCUGUAGUUUAUUUUUUAGUCCAAAUGUGAUCAACGUUUGCACAAGUACUAGGUGUGUAACGUGACAUUUUAAUUAUAUUCUGCUGAAAUGAACGAAAUGACUCGUGAUUCAAAGACCCGAGUCAGUAAAAUGAUCCGAACUUCCCAUCACUAGAGUACAGGAGCAGGCUUUGGGGGAAUCUGUUGGCUGGAAACAGAGACGCUAUUUGAUUGACGCUAGUGGGGUUUGUUUUUGUUUUUUUUGGCACGUUGCGUCCACGAGGCGGCGCUGUGCGACCUUCCCGGAGCCUCGCCGCCGCCUGAACGCCACUGACGUCACUGAGAGACGCGAAAGAAGCAAAGAAGCGCGAGGAAAGAGACACAGAGAGUGCAGCGUUCCAUACGAUCACCAUCACACAGAGAGAGAGAGAGAAAGAGAGAGAGAGAGAGGGAGAUUGAGCGGUACGGCGGGAGAGUGCGCUCCUCUGUCCCGCUAUGGCUGAUCUUAUCCACAUGCACGACUCUUCCGCUGCGCUCGUGAACCGGUUCGCCCGCAAAGGCGCGCUGCGGCAGAAGAACGUGCACGAAGUAAAGAACCACAAGUUCACCGCGCGCUUCUUCAAGCAGCCCACGUUCUGCAGCCACUGCACCGACUUCAUCUGGGGAUUUGGCAAGCAGGGAUUCCAGUGCCAAGUGUGCUGUUUUGUGGUGCACAAAAGGUGCCAUGAGUUCGUCUCAUUCUCCUGUCCAGGGGCUGACAAGGGGCCAGACACAGAUGAUCCAAGAAGCAAGCACAAAUUCAAGAUUCAUACCUACGGCAGCCCCACCUUCUGCGAUCACUGUGGCUCGCUGCUCUAUGGACUCCUCCACCAGGGCAUGAAAUGUGACACAUGUGACAUGAAUGUACAUAAGCAGUGUGUGAUGAAUGUGCCAAGCCUGUGCGGAACAGACCACACCGAGCGCAGAGGACGCCUCUUUCUCAAGAUUGAGGUCAGCGGAGACAAACUUCACGUGACAGUUGGUGAGGCCAGAAACCUGAUUCCUAUGGACCCUAAUGGCCUCUCAGACCCAUAUGUGAAGCUGAAGCUGAUCCCUGACCCCAAGAAUGAGACCAAACAGAAGACACGGACGAUCCGCUCUUCUCUCAACCCCACAUGGAAUGAGUCCUUCACCUUUAAGCUAAAGGCCACAGAUAAAGAAAGGCGGCUGUCAGUAGAGGUGUGGGACUGGGACAGAACCACCAGGAAUGAUUUCAUGGGCUCCAUGUCGUUUGGCGUCUCAGAACUGUUCAAGGCACCAGUGUGUGGCUGGUACAAGAUGCUGAACCAGGAGGAAGGUGAAUACUACAAUGUACCGAUUCCAGAAGUAGAUGACAUUAACUUAGAAUUCAGGCAUAAGUUUGAGGCCUGUCAGCUAAAUAUCCACUUCUUAAAGAAAGCUAAAUUGGGCCCAGGCAAGAAAAUGAUCACACCAUCAGACCACCGGCGCUUCAGUUUUCCCUCCAGCAACAUGGACAGGGUUCGACUCAACGAUUUCCACUUCCUGGCACUUCUAGGAAAGGGUAGCUUUGGCAAGGUAAUGCUGGCGGAAAUGAAAUCCACAGAGGAGCUGUACGCAAUCAAGAUCCUGAAGAAGGACGUUGUGAUCCAGGACGAUGAUGUGGAGUGCACUAUGGUUGAGAAGAGGGUGCUGGCACUGAGGGAUAAGCCACCCUUCCUCACCCAGCUCCACUCCUGCUUCCAGACAGUGGAUCGGCUCUACUUUGUGAUGGAGUACAUUAACGGAGGAGACCUGAUGUACCACAUCCAGCAAGUGGGCAAGUUUAAGGAGCCUCAGGCUGUGUUCUAUGCUGCUGAGAUAGCCUUGGGUCUGUUUUUCCUUCAUAGAAAGGGAAUCAUCUACAGAGACCUGAAGUUGGAUAACGUGAUGUUGGACUCAGAAGGCCACAUUAAAAUAGCAGAUUUCGGCAUGUGCAAGGAGAACAUGUAUGAAAGCAUGACAACACGCACCUUCUGCGGUACUCCAGAUUACAUCGCCCCGGAGAUCAUUGCAUAUCAGCCUUAUGGAAAAUCAGUGGACUGGUGGGCCUAUGGUGUCCUCUUGUAUGAGAUGCUGGCUGGGCAGCCCCCUUUUGAUGGUGAGGACGAGGAUGAGUUGUUCCAGUCUAUCAUGGAGCACAAUGUCUCCUAUCCCAAGUCCAUGUCUAAAGAAGCUGUGUCCAUCUGUAAGGGACUGAUGACAAAGCACCCAUCGAAGCGACUUGGCUGUGGUCCAGAAGGGGAGAGAGACAUUAAGGAGCAGGCCUUCUUCCGUAGAAUUGACUGGGAAAGACUGGGCAACCGCGAGAUUCAGCCACCAUUCAAACCUAAAGUUUGUGGCAAAGGGGCAGAGAACUUCGACAAGUUCUUCACACGCACCCAGCCCAUGCUGACCCCACCAGACCAGCUGGUCAUCGCCAACAUCGAUCAGAGCGAGUUUGCUGGCUUCUCCUUCAUCAACCCACAGUUUAUCCAUCCAUCAGUGCACGGAAGUGUCGUAUGAGACAGAAGCGAAGUGUAACUCCCAACCACAACGAUGAUGACUAUAAACUCAAUCUGUCUGUAUACUGUUAAUGACCCUUUGGCAGAGCAAUUUUGAAAGUGGGGGUUUAAAUGGGAUGAUCAACGAUUGAAUGAC